CGGGGCGUCACGCCGCGUCGCUAUAUAACUCGCCGCCGCCUCUCCUUCGUCAGUCAGUGCCUCAGCCGCUCCCUCAGCCACCACCUCACAGCCAGCCAUGUCCCUCCAGGUUGUUGUCGUUGCCGUGCUGUCCCUCGUGGCGGCCGGUGCCCACGCCCUCCCCAGCAACCCGCCCCCCUAUCAUCCCCCCGCGCCGUCCUACCACGCCCCUGCGCCCUCCUACCACGCCCCCAGGCCGACCUAUGCACCCGCUCCGUCCUACUCCCCCAGACCUUCCUACCACGCCCCCGCCCAGUACGCUGAUACCCACCCGCAGUACAACACCCAGUACGCCGUGAAGGACGACUACGCCGGUCUUAACUUCGGCGCCCAGGAGGCCCGCGACGGCUACGACACCCAGGGCUCUUACAACGUGCUGCUGCCCGACGGCCGCCUCCAGACCGUCACCUACUACGUGAACGGCGACUCCGGCUACGUGGCCGAGGUCACCUACCAGGGUGAGGCGCAGUACCCCGCCCACGGAUACGGACACAAGCCUUCCUACGGUCACGCCCCCGCUCCAUCCUACGGCCACUCCCCCAGGCCAUCCUACCAUUAAGUCUUACAAGCCAGUCUGUGAACACCUGAGUGACUACUGACUCUUCGCCGACUCUCGCCGACCCUCGCCGACCCUCACCGACCCUCACCGACUAAUUGCAAUGCAAACACUGCUCGGUGACUGACGGUGACAAAGGGGACGAUACUCCAGGUCCAGCGACGCUCUCCCGCGGCUGGCCUACGAAUGUAUUUAUUGUUCGAAUAAAACCUUUCCGUCAGC